GCUUCAACAGCUAAGUCGCCAGGGUAGUUGAGACAGAGCACCCUGCCUAUCUGUUCGGGCGUUGUUCUUCAGACAGGCCACAUACCAAACACAGAUACAUUACUUUUUAUAUCUGAAAGGAGUAGCCGAUGUAAACAAGGCGGGCAUAGCUCGACCACCACCGCAACCAGUGCCAAUAACUCGAAAGUAUUCCAUUUUGCCUCGUGCAGUGUUUUCCUAAGUGAACUGUUCCCGAAAGCAGCCAAACUGUGGGGUGCCGGCGCUUUUUUCCUUCCUCCUCAGGGAAUGUACUACCCGCACAUGGUCCAGACGGGUAUGACGACGCCGUUCGGCGCGGCCACGCCGGCCGCGUUUCCUGCCCAGAACGGGGAAGUCAAACCGGCCGACGACAAGCCGGCCGUGCCCCUGUUGCCGCCGCCGGCAGGGGCGGCCACAGCGGGCGCCGGCCCGCCCUUCAGCCCGCCGCCCCCGCAACCACCUGCCUCGGCGGAGCCGCCGGCCGUCAGCAUCGCCUGCAGCCCUGCCGCCAUCACGCAGAACCAAGCCACCUACAAGUGCGAGCAAAUACCACAGGAGUCUGAAAAUUCAACAACAGUACAACCCCCCACGUCGGAGGCUUCGGAGAGUUCGAAUACUUCAGCCACGCAGGCAGCUACAGACGCUUCAAAAAACCAGCCGAAGAGGCUGCACGUCUCAAACAUUCCGUUCAGGUUUAGAGACCCGGACCUCCGGGCAAUGUUUGGGCAAUUUGGCCCCAUACUAGAUGUAGAAAUUAUAUUUAAUGAGAGAGGAUCGAAGGGGUUCGGUUUUGUAACAUUCGCAAAUAGUGCUGAUGCGGAGCGCGCACGAGACCGACUACACGGCACCGUGGUUGAGGGAAGAAAAAUAGAGGUUAACAAUGCCACAGCUAGAGUACAAACGAAAAAACCACCUGCACUACCCGCAGUUCCGGUGAUACAAUGGUCUGACGCCACCCUACGAGCUGGUGUAGCGGCAAUACAAAGAGGACGAGCAAGGGCAGCUUAUCCGACAGCGGCAGCGGCAGCAGCUGCCGCAGCAUUCGCGAGGCACCCCACACCCCUCGCUGGAGCUCUACAUGGAUACACACCGGUUUUAAAUACAUUACCUGUAGACGGAAGUGUGUAUUACGACCCUUUCCUGGCGGCACACGCGGCGGAUCCAAAUUAUACCCGACUACAGGCUGCAGCUGCCGCCACACCUCUAUUAAAAACACCUCUAUCGACUGCCCAACAGGCUAGCUACGCCGCGGCCGCGACGUACACUGCAGUUGCCGCACGAUAUGGGGCUGCCCAACCAGUCGCCGGAUAUGCCGCUGUCGCCGGUUAUGGCAGAGACUACGCAGAUCCCUAUCUUGGACAUGGAAUAGGGCCUAUGGCUGGAUAUGGGGCUGCCGUGUACCGCAGUGGAUAUAACCGUUUCACACCCUACUGAACAUAUCUGCAGCUCCAUAAGGCCUACAAACCAUAAUUAAAUACUCAAAACUGUUGUUAUUUGUCUUGUGUACGUAGCACAAAGCAGCACAAACAAGAAAGAGCCAAAGAGCUGUAACUCACUAACGUAAGCCCUUGUGAUAGCCCAGCUAACCCAGCUCUCUAACUUAGUUAAGUCUUAAUUUUUUUUUUUGUUUAUGUAACCCCGUUUCCAUUCACUUAUACCGAGCCAACGGCGCGUUUCCGUCUGCGUCAGAUCUUAAUUUAUGGACCAGCUUAAAACGGACCACAUUCGAGCGCCUUAAAGUAGGCCGACGGUAGUUCUCGUUCAGGCAUGGUAAUACGCUGUAUUGUUACGUGACAAGUAAUCUAGGUAGGGUAUUUUUAACAUUUCUUUAGAUUUUUCUAUGUACUGAUGCGAGGGAGCAUUUGUGAAUCUCGGAUCAUGAUUUGUCGUUAUUAUAUAGAUAGCAUAUCGUUAAUUUAAGGUUAUACCAAAAGCGGUAGCACGUGUUAAACGGAACAUUGCCUUGGGACAUUUCGGAAAGUUAUCUUUCUUUUUGAGAGGUGAAUGUUUAUUUUUGCCGUUCAGUUUAUUUUGUGUAUCUGUUUAUUUCGCGUUAAAUUAAACUAGUAAUAGUGAUUUCUUUGUAUUUUGUUUUGAUGUACGUGAAACGUUUGAGUGAAUAUCGUGCAAUGUUCAAAGCGACGGUUAAAGGAAUCUCGGCAACGGACAGAAAUAUAACCUAUACUAUAUACACAUAAUUUUUAUUUAGCACUAUUGAUAUUAUAUGGAUAUGUUUAGUUUAGUUUUCCUAAUUAUAGGUAAUAUCAUAUUAUUUGACUGCUAGACGUAAAAUUUAAUGUAUAUAUAGAAAUUUUGUAAUAACGUAGAUCUGAUACUGUUAAGUUAGGCAGAGGAUGACAACUUGUGAGUAUAAGUGCAAUGGAAACCGAUUAUUUCCUUCGUGUUUUUCUUUUUUCACUUAGCUCUAUAUUUUGAUACUCUUCAUUUAUUAGACAGGCGUUAUAUGUCUGUAUUACAUAUCGACGAUAUCCCCUCUAUAAUUAGCUCUCUAGAUAUGUACAGUAAGUUUCAGUGAUGAUUUGUUUUAUAAUCGUUUACAUCGUUAGAAGGAUGUGUUUCCCGCGUCUUUCCCGUAGCCGAAACGGCUGCGUAAGUCGUAGAACGGUUAUAUAUCAUCACGGAUUUUUAAACUGUAAACUUUGUGACGUACCCGGAAAUGCAUCCUACUAACGGAAGCCAAUUUUCUCUAGUCGCUGUAUAUAUCAUACACGUACAAAUCAUCCCAUUUAAGAUUUCCUUUUCGGAUGUGUUCACCCAGAAGUUUAUCUGAAUAACGUUUAAUUUUAUCGUCAUCCACAGACUUAUGAAAACCGUUAUAUUGGUACCUUUUUAUGAAUAAAAUUUAGCGAGAGAGGUUCAAACAAGCACAAAUACAAACUGCAUAUUUUGAUUCCAGUUUUUUUGUUUUCGAUUUAAAUAUGAUGUGAGUGAUGAUUAUGUAUGUGAGAAUACAUUAAAAAUAAAAGCAAAGUAAUAACUUAA